CAGGGACAUCGUUCGUGAUGCCCGGGAGAGCUUGGACGUCGCCCGACUGCAACAGGCUGAGCAGUACAACCGAGGUCACCGGGACGUGCAAUUCCACGUUGGAGACUUGGUGCUGCGCCGGACACACCCACUUAGUAACGCAGCCAGAGGUUUCACGGCAUCCCUGGCUGAUAGGUGGGACGGUCCAUAUAGACAUGCCGCGAGUCAAUCAGGCUGCCAGACGGUCCCCAUCACCACCCCGGCACUGGCGACCCAGACGCUACUACCAGCCCAGGGGACGAGACAACCCGAACAACCACCACCGCCGGGGAUCCAGACGAUCGCACCAGCGGUCUACGGCCACCUGGGGCACCCUCGACAACCACGGACACCCAGUGGCCUGGUCGUCCAGCCUCGCUUGGCACGACCAGCCGCGCCCUUUGACGGUUGACAUGGACGCCCAGGUGCCUGAACCUUUCAGAGGCUUCACGCUGAACACCCACCGCCCGGCGAACCCACCACAAAGUUACACGGAAGACGAGCGCCGACUCCUGUGCCCGCUCUGCGAGGUGCCAGAAAUCCACCGCCGUACCCACAGAGCUGGAGCACUUCAUCGCUCGCGGGAGUCAGCAGCCGCCGCAAGGGCAGCCAUCUUACACCUCGAAAGGAUGAGGGACGACGAUCUAGCUCGCGCCAUCGCCGUUAUCAGGAGGCUCCGUCCUGCUCUCCUCCGCCCCCCAUCCCACGCAGACCCGUCACCACCAGGUGCUGCGGAGAUCGCGAUAAACAUUGAUGACGACGAGCAACUCUGA